AUGUCUUCCGAAUCCCUCAUCUCAUGUUUCACUACUCGGAACUUCCCGCACAAGUCUGACAGUCCCAUUAAUCGGAUCAGUCCAUACCUCGUCUCCCACUUGGAUCGGAUUAUCUGGAUCUUCAGCGAUGACGAGGUGGAGAUCGCCAUCCUCAUCUUCAAGGGUUCUCAGACUCACUGGCUCCCACUCCUCUGCCUGAUCACCCGCCGUGCUGUUGUCAGCAGGCAUUACAUCUUUAUCGGAUUGCUCCCCUCUGCGCCCGAGAACAAAGUUUCCACCUCGAAGAUGGAAUUAACCCGCGUCGUUCGUGCAGUUACGCAAGGUGACCCCAUAUCUCUGACCGUUCCGGAUUCCGCUGUUGCGGUAGAACGCGGAAAGCUGACCUCCCUGGCGUGGGGAUCAGAGAGGCAACGCAAAUUGGCUCCUGCUCCGUCCUGCCUGACACUGGCGAAGGGAUACUCGUCGCAUGAGUUUCCAAACCUGCGGUAG